AUGGCGCUUUGCUUCGCCGUCGAUGACUCGGGCGUCGUCGACGGAAGCAGCAGCCUCGCUCCGCGGCUCGGGGACAGCGUCGACGAGAGAAGGCAAUGGCCAAUUGACGGUGGCGGCGGCGGCGGCGGAGGGGGCGGGGGCGGGGGCGGGGGCGGGGGCAAUGAUAGGGGCGGCGGUGGCGGAGGAGGCGGAGGAACCGGAGGUCGUAUAAGUAGUUGGGGAUGGGGAUGGGGAUGGGGGUAUGGUUGGGGAUGGGGCACUGCAGGCGGCGGAGGCGGAGGAGGAGGUGGUGGAGGAGGAGGAAGCAGAGAAGGAAGAGUGGGAAUGGCGGCCUACAGGGGUGGGGGACGGCGGCAUAACUACAGCUCGAGCUUGUACAGGGUCGGGGAGUACGCGCGGUGCUCCGGCAGGGGGCGGUGCGGCGGGAUAAAGCUUCUCUGCCCCAUGCACUGCGACGGCCCCUGUUUCUACGAUUGCCAGAGCAACUGCAGGGCUCAUUGCCGGUUCCAAUAACUCCCACGCCGCAAUUUUUUCUUGUGGGAUUUGACGCUCUAUCAUAAAUAACUUAUUCUAAAUUUAAAUUUAAAUUUUUUUUUUUCCCUAGCACGAACUAAAUUAAAUAGUGUUGGAUGAGUAUUUAUGUUUUGUAUUUAUCAA